CUUGAAGGUCUUAAUCUGUCAUACAAUCCUCUUAGUCUUUCAUAGGAAAUCUCAUGGAUCUCUCCAUGAAGGUUGUUGUGGUCGUUCUCCUGCUUCUUGUGACCACAGAGGACCAGGGACCAGUGCAGCUAGCUUUGGCGAGGGACUGUCAGUCAAAGAGCUUCAAGUUCAAGGGGAUGUGUGUGCGCGAUGACAACUGUGCAAGUGUUUGCCUGCUCGAGGGUUUCACCGGAGGCAAGUGCAAGGGCUUUUGGCAUCGUUGUUACUGCACCAAGGACUGCUAGAUGGCCCUGAUUUGUCUAUUGCAUAUAUGCUUCCGUCUAAUAACUGAUAAUAACCGAAUAAUAGAUCUAUAUCUAUGUA